AUGUGGGAUGUCGCCUGGACAGACCCGAGGCGAGAGCUGGUGGGCGAGCAUCGCGGGAGAAAGGACAGAGACAGGAGUGUCAAGGAGAAGAGCCUAUCUCGAAACUCGGUGUCAACGACAAGCUCAAAGACAUCCACCCACUCUACACUGUCUCGCCUGCGGACCAGAGCACUCCUUCGACAGUCGUCGUCUUCGAAAGAAUCCAUGGGACAGAAUACAUACCCGGAUUCUGAGCCCCAGACCCCCAAUCACUCCAACAAUCGCUCUCCAUCCGUCAUGUCAGAUGCUGAGCAGAGACCAGCCGCCGGUGGCCGUCCGCUGCUCCGGAGCUCCGACCCGCAGAUGAUGGAAGCCGCAUCACAUGAGGGAUAUUAUUCAGCGGCGCGAAGAAGGUUUGCUGUCGUUAAAAAUACGACGGAGAACAAAGGACGAGCCCCAGAGAUAUCAGCCACGAUUGCGCCGUGCGCCAGACAAUCAGACGACGGUGACGUAUUUUCGACGAAAGGAAAGAGGAAAGAUGAAACACCGUCUACGGUACACAAAAAUGGCAAUUCGAAGCAGAGUAUCGGGCCCGCAAUCCGCCCGCAGCGCCCGCUUGAUCUCCAAAGCCCCAUCAGACGGUCGUUUGUAGCCAGUCCCUCGCCAUCCAGAGUGUCUGCGUCAAGCCCAGUCGCAAAGCUGGUGCCGCCCUUGAGGUCUCAAAUACGGCCACCACCCGAACCGGCCCACGAAAUUUCCCCCAUCAACGAUUUAUCCUUGUGGCGCAGCCCGAGAGAAUGGAACGCGAUUGCAGAAAUGGGAAACGCAAUGCAGGUGAUUGAGACCGUGACGGGACUCAGGGCCAGGGAGCUGGAGCACAUGUCCUUCGAGCCGUCGCCGGACUCGCGUGAUCUGACAGCAGAAGUGAAGCAGAUGGCGCAAGCGAGGCCCUCGACAGCCUUGGCAAGACUGAAGGCGUCGGACGAGGACGCCCUGAGCCUGGAGGAAACCCAGCAGGUCAACGGGGAGAGGAAGAGAUGGAUGCUCUCGGUACUGCACCAUCUAGACCGCGGCAGCGGGCACGACUCGGAUGAUUCGAGCAUGCUGAGCAACGGCCCCGAAAUGCCACCAGGGCAGGCCGGGGGGCGGAAGAUUCUGGCAGCGUACGAGCCUAGGUUUUCGGCGCGCUACCUAGCCGCGUUGUGGCCCGACGACACGGUCCAUCACCUCUCGGAUAACCCGCUCUCGUCCGACUCGGCGGCCAACAUUUGCGCCAUCUACAGCCCAGACACGUGCCUGCCAGUCCCCGGACCCCAGGGCAGCUUCGACGCCGCGUACUCGACGACGUUGCCGUCUCUCUGCGGCGAGUCAGACAUCGCGGCCGUGCUGGGCAACGUCAACAAGUGCCUCAGGUCCGGGGGGGUCUACCACUUGCUGCUGAUCGAUCCCAUACCCAACACGGAUGCGCUGGGGAAGAAGAUGAGAGCGUGGUUCAGGAACAACCUGCUGCCGAAACUGCAGCGACACUCGCGGUGUCUCACGCCGAGCUACGCGUUCUCCAAGGUCCUGGGGGCAUCGUGUCUGCGCGGCGCCGGGAGCACCCUGACGACGACGAAAUUCUACGCGAACCCGGGCAGCAUCUGCCGCAGACAGGGCGAAGCGGAGGCCGAGGAGAGGCAGGAGCAGGAAGGCAAGGAGACGAGGGCGGAGCUCCGGAGCAUCGUGGGGCGGAUGCUCUGGCGGCAGGUCUGGGGCGAGUUCGUCACGUCGGACACUUGGUGGUGGGAGGACCCGGACUGCAUGCAGGAGUGUCUCGAGCUGGGGACGUUCUGGGAGUACCACUCGAUCCAAGCGGUGAAGUCCAACUGA